AUGGCUAUCAUGGUGACUCGUCUGGGACAUAAGGACUUCAAGAAGCAUGUCAUCAUUCCCGUCAUGGUGGUCUCCUUUAUGGGCAACAAUAGACGCGGCAGGAUCAUCAUAUCCUGGUUCGAUGGCGAAAAACUGAUCGUGAAAAUGUCCCCAUUAUACCGUUUCCUAUUGCAGGAUAGGGCGGGUCUUUUUCUGUUUACAAGGUAUCUUGCCGGUGAGGUGGAUAUGGACAUGACUACACGUCGUCUACCUGGAGAGGCAUAA